AUGGCCGCCCCCGCCGGCGGUGCCGGGGACGCCGCCCCCGACCCCGCCAGGGCCGUCGAGGAGGCGCGCGCGCUGCUCCCCGCCUCCGCUCCGGCGCCGGACUACGACGACGACGACGACGAGGACCUGGAGGAGCGCGCGUACGAGGCGGCGGAGAAGGUCAUCGUGUCCAUCUCGGACGGGCCGGACCCGGCGGACGGCGACGACGCGGCGCUCUGCUCCUCCUCCUCCACGCCGCCCUUCUCGUGGCGGAAGCUCUGGCUCUUCACGGGGCCCGGGUUCCUGAUGAGCAUCGCGUUCCUGGACCCGGGCAACCUCGAGGGGGACCUCCAGGCGGGCGCCGUCGCCGGGGACACGCUGCUGUGGCUGCUCAUGUGGGCCACCGCCAUGGGCCUCCUCGUGCAGCUCCUCGCCGCGCGCCUCGGCGUCGCCACGGGCCGCCACCUCGCCGAGCUCUGCCGCGACGAGUACCCGGACUGGGCGCGCCGCGCGCUCUGGCUCAUGGCCGAGGUCGCCAUGGUGGGGGCCGACAUUCAGGAGGUCAUCGGCAGCGCCAUCGCCAUCAAGAUCCUCAGCCGCGGGUACCUGCCGCUCUGGGCCGGCGUCGUCAUCACCGCCUUGGAUUGGAAGCUUUAUUUUUCUUUGGCUCGAAAACUAUGGGGUGAGGAAACUAGAAGCUGUAUUUGCAUUUCUAAUUGCAACUAUGGCUGUCUCCUUUGCAUGGAUGUUCACAGACACGGGUUUAAUGGGAAAGACUUGUUGAUUGCACUUGUGCAAUCACGAAAAAUAGAUCAAAAUAAGGAAUAUCAAGUCCGUGAAGCAUUGAGAUACUAUUCAAUAGAGUCAACUAUAGCAUUAGCUAUCUCUUUCAUGAUAAAUCUCUUUGUCACAACAGUUUUUGCAAAAGGAUUUUAUGGAAGCAAGGAGGCUGGUAAUAUUGGCCUUGAAAAUGCUGGACAGUAUCUGCAAGAGAAGUUUGGUGGAGGAUUUUUUCCUAUACUGUACAUCUGGGGGAUUGGGCUUUUAGCGGCUGGGCAGAGUAGUACGAUAACAGGAACUUAUGCUGGACAGUUUAUAAUGGGUGGAUUUCUGAAUUUAAGAAGCUUCGCAAUUGUGCCUACUAUAAUUGUUGCUUUGUUCUUCAACACAUCUGAUUCCGCACUGGAUGUUUUAAAUGAGUGGCUCAAUGUGCUCCAAUCAAUUCAGAUCCCUUUUGCGCUCAUUCCACUCAUAACCUUGGUUUCCAAGGAGCAUGUUAUGGGGGUCUUCAAAAUAGGCCCUAACACCCAAGCUGUAACCUGGACCGUGGCCACUCUGCUGAUCACUAUCAACGGAUACCUCUUGAUGGAUUUCUUCUCUUCUGAAAUCCGAGGCCCCCUAUCUGGCUCGCUUCUCUGCGUGGCGGUCCUCAUUUAUGCUUCGUUUGUGCUGUAUCUCAUAUUGCGGGGCACCGAGCUGUCUGAGAAGAUUGUCAAAGCAAUCCACAACAGUUUUUCAUUACAAUAG